AUGAAUAUGACCAGAUUUCCUGUUUACGUGUCUAAUAACCCUGCGGGAACGUCGGUGCGCAACAUCUUUCACUUCUCACAGUUAGUAAAGACAAAUCGCUUUCAACGUUUUGAUUGGGGUCGACGGAAAAACAAGAAGAUAUACGGUCAGGCGGAACCACCGCAGUACGACAUCAGAAAGGUAACAGCACCGGUGGCCCUCUACUGGAGCGAUGGAGACGUGAUGUCCUGUGAGGAAGACGUGAAACGCCUCGAAAGGCUGUUGCCCAACCUGGUACUUAGCUACAAGGUGCCGGUUCACGGCUUCACGCACGUUGAUUUCGCGUGGAGCAUCUUCGCCAAGAACCACGUCUACAAGAAGAUUCUGGAGAUGAUGACCAAGUUCUCCGGGAUGGAACCGCGCGUCGCCCAGCAUCAUUCACUAAAGUCGCAGAGAGGGCAUCAUGCGUCAUUAGGGGCGACGCACGCCCAUGCACCUUGGUCAUCCGGCAGUUCCUUGGAGGCGCAGCACUUGUCCACUCCACCGAAACAUUUCGUCUAUUAGAGCUCCGAGACCGAACUCUUGAAGACGCGACACGCAGACAUCGCCUGUCUGGCAAAUACAUAUUCAAUUCACUAGCGUU